AUGUCUUUUACUUUAAGAAUUGAACCAUACCAACCUAUCCCCUUGAGCAUUGUUGUUUCGGAGCAAUUAAUGGAGGUUGCUUUAGAGAGCUUCGUUGAGAAAUAUGGAGUACUUUGGAACGCAGGUAAACGAUACGCCCACCAAGAAGAAAGUAGCUCUGCCACCAGCAAUGAAGAAGGAUCUACUGUUAGGAAGCGAAACAGAACUGUGUUCCAUAUCUGGUACAAAGCAUUUUCCUGCCAUCGCGCAGGUGGCAAAGCAAAAAAUUCGUCACGUACACUUGGAGCAAAUGUAGUAUUUACUUUUGAAGGAUCCCACCACCAUGAUAUCGGCUCUUCAUCAAAUUUUGCUUUUCUUCCUGUAUCUCAAAAUACAAAAAAUUUUAUCUUUCAGCAACUAAGGGAGGGUUAUAUGUGCCGAGAUGUCCGUCUCUCUAUCCAAAGACAGCUAACAUCUUACGUUCAACAACAUUUCCAAAUCAGUGUUAAUGGCGCAGCUCUGAAUGAAAUUGUUCACAGAGACCAAGUAUUAGACCCAAAAAAUACUUACAGGCGUGCAGUAGAUCAAAAAGAAUCUGUCAAAUUGUGGUUAAGAGAAUUGCGAGAAGACCAAUAUUUGACCUUUUUGGGCACCCGUUUUGAUACUGACUUCACUUUUGGCUUUUUUUUCGCAGUGGCAACGAAACAUCCUAAUGCAGUCUCCUUAUUUAUGCUUGGAUGCAACUCAUAA